AUGUCAUCGUCAAACCCACUUGAUCCCACCAACCUACUCAAGCUCAUCCCUCAGCUACUACCCAGAUCCACCUCAUCUCCUCUACCCAAUCCUACCGACUCAGUCGCAAUCCUAGUACAUGCUGUCCAAAUAGCUCUCAGAUUCAGGCUGGUCCAAUCGUCUACGGCCACAACCAACAGUAGUACGAGUACUUCUGGUCCAUCGACCUCUGCGAGUGCCGGAGAAGAAGCGGUAUCAGGGGAGGACGUAGAUGAUGGUGCGUCGGAAACUACCACAGCAGUCGAUGCCGAGGAGACCGAUACUCCUCCUCAGGAAGGACUUUUGCAAGAAGGAUGGAAUGCAAGAGGUGAAGAUAGUUAUAGCUUCCAGUAUAGGCAUGAACAGUCUUCUUUAGUAUUCAGGAUAAGGAUCGGGAGGAUGGGUAAUAGAGUCCAGGUCGAUGCUAUGGCCGAGGAUGGUCAACCCCAUAACCUCUCGAUAGUGCUUUCGGACCUCGUGGACACUUCGAGAUUUCCCAUACCAAGCUCGGCUACUUCUUCUUUCAGUAUCGAUUCUACAAGUGGUGAUGAAUUAGCUAAGAGAUGGGGCUACAAGUCAAUCACGAGCAUCAAAGAUUUCGUUGAGAGAUAUGAAUCCGACGUUAUAGCCAGAUUAGUACCUGGACUACAAGUUCCAGGAUACGAAGAAUCACGUUCAACCGGAUCUGAUCCCCGAAAUCCCCCGCCUUCAGGACAGUCUCACCAACCUCCUUCCGCUAGACCUCAACCGCCGACCAAUCCUCUGAUCGACCCCCUUCGUGAUCCUCAUCCCACCAACCCCGCUUCAGUAGGUAGAAGCGAUCUCGACCCUCUAGCUUCAUUCCAGCCUCCUGGGUCCUUCAAUCCCAACAGAGACGGCGGAGGGAUGUUGGUAGACUUCAAUCAUCCGCUCUUUGAUAGACGUCGUCAAGGGUUGGAUCCCGACUUCUCCGGUCCAGGUGGGUUUAUCCAGCCUCCUGGAAGUCGAUGGGAUCCCGUCGGACCUUCUUCAUCAGGGGGUAAUGGUAGGUUCCCAGGACCUGGUGGGAACCCCUUAGGAGGUGUGGGUGUAGGGGAUGAUAGAUGGGGAGACGAACUUCCUCCUCCCGGUGAGUUUGGGCCGGACCUAGGUAGGUUUGGCGGACAGGGAGAUAGAAGAGGAGGGCCAGGAGGGCUCGGUGGACUUGGUGGACUGGGAGGUGGAAGAGGUGGCGGUGGUGGGUUUGGAGGAGGGGGUGGUUUUGGUGGAGGAGGAGGCAUGUUCAUGUGA